AUGUAUUCAAUUACUGUGAGAGAGGUGCUAGUUAAGAAUCGAUAUAUGCGAUCUUUUUUGAGUCGUAUCAGAAGCCAUUACUAUCAUAGCAUUUACAUCUUUAGCGCAAUGAUAAACUUGUCUGAGAUUCGCAUACAGCUUGUGACCUUUCAUAUCCUGAUGUACCAAACGAACGUGAUCGAGACAAACAAACUUCCACGGCGGUCUGUUUCAGAUCUGAUGCAGCGUAUUGUGCCCACAGCACGACAGCGCCAAAGUCGGUGCAAUUAA